GUAAAGCACUUCAACAGGCUGGAGGAGUUGGCUGCGUUUAUGAAUUGUUCCCAAGUGUUUUAGACGUAUUCACAGCUGACAUGAAAACUUUACUUGUUUUGAUCGGCUUGGUAUCAUUUGUGGACGUUCAGGGCUUUGUACGCAUUCAUCUAAUUGUUUCCAAAUUUAUCAAACUAUUAAAAAAAAUAAUAAUAAUAAUUUCAAUAGACCUUAUUUUACUACAAGGAACUCAGUUAAACAUAUAAUUUAAAAAAUAUAACAUCUCGAGUUGAAGAUUUACUGGCGUGUCGAGAAAUCUUAAGUCUUAUUUUCUAAUAAAAAGAAAUACAGCACAAAAAAACAACAACACUACAACACCUAAAAAUGGUUAAAAUCAUUAUUGUCCACAUAGUUGUAUUUGUAUGAUUUACCUAAUUUUAAAUUAGUGUUUAUAGAAGCAUUUCAUUAAUUUUUAACAGGUAAUGUUUUAAAGAACAAUAUUUAUAGUAAAUGGGGAUAUAUUAGUUUACAAUUGUUUAAAUUCAGCCACGUUGGCUAAGCAAUUCCUCAGCACAACUUUGUUAUGCCAAAGAUAACUUUCUUUACGUCUUAAAUUUAUUUGUGUUGGGAUUUUCUUGAUUGGUCAAUUACAUUUUGGCGGUUACCUAUCUUCAAAACAUUGAUAACAACAAAAUAAAUAGCGAUAUUAACAAUACCUGGUCAUAUGUGAACUUAAAUAACCUCAAAAUAUUUUCUAGAAUCUAGAUCGCAUGUCACCCAAGCUUCAAUGAGUCUCCCAGCAUUUUAUAAACGCAAAUUACUUGAGACCUACAUACCAUAAAAAUUAAUUAAUUACAACGGGGAAAUGCAAUACAUAGAAAAAAAGAAAAACAACAAAAAGUGGGAGCAAUCGAAAAUUACUCAAAAUUUAUUCAGAAGCAGGCAAAAAAAAUAUUAAAAAAUUGUUUUUUCAGCCUACUAUCCCAGAGAAGCCGUCUGUUGUAUUAUGUAUGUAUGUCAUCUUUCCGUCUGCGGGAGACGAUAGAUUAUCUUUAUUGCUUGCAGCUCUUGGGGUGGCUGGUGAGAUCAAUCCUCGAAUGGCAGUCUCUGUUACAUUUCCAACACACGAAUGCGGUGGAGAAGUAUUUACCGGCCUUCCUCCUCGCUCUUUUUGCAGCUGUUUCUGCCCUGUUUUGCUCCUCGGCAUGUAGUGAUCCUGCCUUCACGAUGCCCCGCCAUGAGGAUCGAUCCUCUGCCAGCUCCUCCAAUGAUUGUUAUAUAAAAAAACAUUUAACAUAGCAAUUUUUUACAGCCAUAAAAGUAACGUAUAACUUAUAAAUUUGUAGUGUCCAUGGUGUCCAUGGCGUCCCGGUCGGCCUAUCCCUUCUAAACGUCAAGAAACUGACCCUUCAACUCAAGUUUAUGACGUCAUCACCGAAACGCUGACCAAGGCAAGGGCAGGUAAUAACUCGGACCGCCUUUAGAUUAUUGAUAACACGAAUUAUUAAACUCGAUUCAGCACUACAUUUAUAUGUGGCACGGACUUCUUUUUUUUAAAGAAAUUAAUUAAAAUAAUAGUAGGUUAUAUUUGUUUUGGAAUGGAACAAAAGAUUGAUUAAAAUAUUAUCAGAGUUUCAAAAAUACUAUAACAUGUAUGUUCUGAUGGGUCUACAGGUAUGAAUUCAACCGAUCUUAUUGAGGCUGCAGAAACAGUUUCUUCUUUAGCUGACGCUAACAGGAAGGAAGGUGAUUUAUGUUUUUCUAGAUUCUAUAUAAGGGAUCAUAAGGAGAUGACCAUAAUCUUAUUUUAAAUGAGUUGAUUUUUGUGAGUAGUGGGAUCCCUCUUUAGAUCUUACUUUUUCUUUUAUAUAUACAACGUUUGAACUAUUUUUAUAUGUAAGCAGUUUAAUAAUUUAAUUAAAAAAUGGUACACAGAAUUCACACACACAUCGCAAACAUUAGUUUCAGAUGAAGAGAUUAAUACCCUCAUUAAUGAAAUCGCCUCAAGCUUUGAUGGAGCAAAUGCGGUGUCUGCAUUAUUUGAUGGUAACUUGAUUUUCAUCUUCUCGCCAAAGUUUCUGUAAACAUUUAUUUUUAAAUCUCAACUUUGUAUUAUAAAAUAUUAAUUAGAAUUUAAAAAAAACGAUCAUAUGUGUCGCCAAAAAAUUAAUUUAUAUAUAUAUAUAUAUAUAUAUAUAUAAUUAUAUAUAUAUAUAAAAUAACAGCAUUUUACUUUUUUUAAAGGAAUCUUUUUAGAAGGGGGACUUUACAACUGAUGUAACUUCGAUUUAAUUUAAAAUUAUAACCUUCCUUUAUAUUAUUCCCUCGUGUAUUUAGAGAUUUGAACGUUUAAGAUUUUUUGCUUUUAACACUUUAACUUGAAAACGGAGUGAAAUAGGCUCAUUAAAUAUUCUUUUCUCUAAGAUUUUGAAAUAUUAAAAUACGAAGUUUAUAGCAGAUGCAGAAACGCACUGAUAAGAUUUGAUAUCUGAUCUGUUCUUUGCUAAAAUGUAAUCGAUGUUUAACAUUCUUGAAAAAAAAGAUGGCUCAAUAUUUGUCUUUUGAUUCAUGAUGGUAAGAUACUCUGAACUUUGAGAAGAGUAAGCUAGAAUCUGCCUUCAGACUGUGGAGUGGACUUCUGGAGAAAGGGAAACAGCUGAUAGGUGAGUCUCUAUAGUUGCCUAUUUGGAUAUUAUGUCAAGAUCUCGUCUUGGUGUAAGAAAAUUCCAUCUAAAUUUUGGAUGCAAAUCUAUAAUUUUAUUUUAUUUUUAAAUUUUGAUGUUUUAAGAGUUUUCCAAACUUUUUAAAAAACUUCUUUGUUUGUCACUGGCUGGGUGGUUAAAGACCUAGUUACAAGUCUCUAUCUGUGUGCAAUUUUCCUUUAUGAGAUCUUAGUAACAUACCUUUCUACGCCAAAAAAAAAAUUGUAAACAUAUGGUUUUAGAUAUAUGGAUAUUUAACUUUGCAAUAAUUAUUUUCGGUUAAUAAUAGAUGAAAAUAUUAAAGAUGUUUAAUUAACAAUGUUUUAAAACUCUUCUUCUAAAAAUUCGCAUCUUUUGACGCAGUGGUCAGUGUUUGUGUUAUGAUUUGAUUUGAGACCUAGCGAUCAGUGUUUGUGUAUCCCUAAUUUUGUGACGAAGGGGGUCACUGUUUGUGUACUCAAUUACUCUGGACUAUGAUGUCGAUGUUGUUUGUGUUUGAAUCUGCAGCCCAAGGCAAACCAGAUGACGGCGUCCUUGGGGCUAUCUCUAAGACAGCCAAGGCCAUCACGACAAUAAUAAAGGACAUAGGUAUGAAUUGUCACAUUGAAGAUAAACAUUGUAACCCAAUAUUUUCCGCAAUUUUGAGAUAUGUGAAAGUGUUUAAAAAAUAUUAGCGUGUCUUACAAUAAUGUUUUUUUUUUUUUUUAUUUGAUAACGUUUUUUGAUUAAAUCGUUAACAGGUGAAAUCAUCACUUAUGUUGAACGUGUACAGCAAUCUGGUAAGAUGGAUUCUUAA